AUGGACGCCCUCUACAGCAAUUGGCGGUCUCUUCCGCUAUCAUUGUCUGUCCCGAUAACAGGUUUUCUCAUCAUCGUUAUCGCGACAAUCACCAACGUCAUCAAACAGCUCUGGUUCCCGAAUCCUCACCGCCCUCCAGUCGUAUUUCACAUCUUUCCACUUAUCGGCAGCACAGUCCAGUAUGGAAUCGAUCCGUAUAAAUUCUUCUUCGAUUGUCAAGCCAAGUAUGGAGAUUGUUUCACGUUUAUCCUGCUGGGCAAAUCGACGACUGUUUUUCUGGGACCGAAGGGGAAUGACUUCAUCUUGAAUGGGAAGCAUGCGGAUCUUAACGCUGAGGAUGUGUAUGGGAAGCUUACGACGCCUGUUUUUGGGAAGGAGGUUGUAUAUGAUUGCUCUAAUGCGAGAUUCAUGGAUCAGAAGAGGCUUCUCAAGCUUGGUCUCACAACUGACUCUCUGCGAUGCUACAUCCCCAAGUUCGUCAAAGAAGUCGAAGACUACGUUGCCACCUCACCCUACUUCAAAGGAACAACCGGCGUUGUCAAUAUUACCGAAGUAAUGGCCGAGAUCACAAUCUACACAGCAUCGGGGUCUCUCCUUGGCAACGAAGUUCGCUCCAUGUUCGACAGCACAUUCGCAACCCUCUACCGCCAUCUCGACGACGGUUUCCAACCAAUCAACUUCGUCAUGCCCGGUCUGCCCUUACCACAGAACUUCCGUCGCGAUCACGCUCGUAAAGUAAUGGAAGAGCUUUUCAGCGACAUCAUUCGAAAACGACGUGAGAUGGGAAACCAAGGUGAUGAGACUGAUAUGGUUUGGACGCUUAUGAAUGCUAAAUACAAGGAUGGCGAGGAUCUACCAGAUCAUCAUGCAGCGAGGAUGUUGAUUGCUAUUCUUAUGGGUGGACAGCAUAACACAGCUGCGAGUGGUGCUUGGCUUCUUCUCAACCUUGCGCAUAAACCGCAUUUGGUCAAAGAACUGUACGACGAACAAAUUGAGGUUUUGGGAUCACCGCAAGAGCCGUUGACGUGGGGGAAUUUGCAGAAAUUGACACUGAAUGGACAGGUUAUCAAGGAGACUCUACGUCUUCACAGUCCCAUUCACUCUAUCCUUCGACAGGUCAAAUCGCCUAUGCGGGUUCCCGGUACAGACUGGGUUGUUCCUCCGUCACAUACACUCCUUGCUUCACCGGGUACACAAGCACGAUCUGAGGAGUUCUUCCCUCGACCUAUGGAAUGGGACCCUCAUCGCUGGGACAAGAUCGAGUCUUUUGAUGACGCCAAGAAUGGGGAAACAGUCGAUUAUGGCUUUGGGAUGAUGAACAAGUCUGUGAGCAGUCCAUAUCUGCCUUUUGGAGCAGGACGACAUCGCUGUGUUGGAGAGAACUAUGCUUAUGCGCAGCUCGGUGCCAUUAUUGCAACGUUUGUGAGACUGCUUCAUAUUGAGCAGCCUGAUCCUAAGGCACCUCUUCCUGCGCCUGACUAUUCGUCAAUGUUUUCUCGACCUAUGAACCCAGCCGUCGUCCGAUGGACUCGUCGCGACACGGAGACUGAUUAG